ACUUUAAUUUGCUCCCUUUGACCUUCGGUGUUCUAUGCUGUAACGCGGCGCCCAGACGGGGUAAACCGAAAUUAAUAAGUAGUUUCCUUCCGACGAGUAGUGGUAAUCCUAGCAUUUAACUCGCACUCGGAAUCGGCCGCCGCGAUUUCUGAGAUAAGACCGGCUUCCUCAUCCAGCUAUACGUGCCACCGCUGCUGAUUACUACCUUCUAUAAAUACCUCGAUCCAGAAUUCCAGAUACGGAGUACAAAAACUUCCCCCAAAUCCAUCAAGAACAAGAACACCAGCUAGCAGCCAUUGUUCUUCUACAAUCACGAAAGAUAGUCAGAGUCUCAGACCAGAGAAAGCCAUGACUUCCUCCUCCCCUGAUCUCCUCCCCCGCGUGCUCAUCGUCUCCCGCCGCACCGUCCGCAAGAACAAGUUCGUCGACUUCGUCGGGGAGUACCACCUGGACUUGCUCGUGGGCUACGGGGCGGUGCCGGUGAUCGUGCCCAGGGUGUCCGGCGUGCACGCCAUGAUCGACGCCUUCGAGCCCAUCCAUGGCGUCCUUCUCUGCGAGGGCGAGGACAUCGACCCUUCCCUCUACGCCGCCGGCGCCGGAGACGAAGACGAAGACCGCGGCCUGUCGGCGGAGCAGAUGGAGGCCGUGCGGCGGCGCCACCCGAGCGACGCGGCCAUGGCGGACCACGAGAAGGACUCCAUCGAGCUCCUCCUCGCCCGCCGCUGCCUCGACAAGGGCAUCCCUUUCCUCGGCAUCUGCCGCGGCUCCCAGGUACUCAACGUCGCCUCCGGCGGCUCCCUCUAUCGCGACCUCGAGCUCGAGCUCGGCGGCCAUGGCGCCGUGGUUCGGCACAUCGACUAUGGCGACUACGACGCGCACCGGCACCCGGUGCGCGUGCUCCCGGGCACGCCGCUGCGCGACUGGUUCGCCGUGGAGGACGAGACGAUCAUGGUGAACAGCUACCACCACCAGGGCGUCCGCCGCCUGGCGCCGCGGUUCGCGCCCAUGGCGUUCGCGCCGGACGGGCUCGUGGAGGCCUUCUACGACCCGGCUGAGUACAGCCCCGGGGAAGGGAAGUUCGCCGUGGGGCUCCAGUUCCACCCGGAGCGCAUGCGCAAGCAGUGCGCCUCCGCCGGAGCCGGAGAAGAAGACGAGUUCGACUACCCCGGCUGCCCCGUUCCCUACCGCGAGUUCGUCCGCGCCGCCGCCGCCUACCAGGCCAAGCAGCAGCUCAAGCUCAAGCUCAAGCUCAAGCCCAUGCCCAUGCCCAUGCCCAUGCCGGCGCGCGCUCUGGACGCGCCCGUGCGCGCGCAGGCCAAGCCGGAGAAGCAGCAGCGCAAGGUGAUCCUCCGGAGCUUAUCGCUUGCCAAGAACCUGUGCUACACCUUCGGCCGAGGCGGCGGCAAUGGCGGAGCGCGGACGGAGGAGGAGUUCGACGCCGGCGCCGAGAUCAUGGAGCCGGAGUCCACGGCGGCGGCGCUGAGCGCGCAGCAGGAGAAGAGGCUGAAGCAGAUGGGCGCGACGGUGCGGAACGCGUCCGGGUACAUGGACAGGGUGAAGGCGCAGCAGAGCGAGGAGAGGGAGGGCGCGGCGAGGGCGCUCAUGGCCAAGAUGUCGGCAUCGCAGCUCUCCAGCCUCGCCGCCUUCUACCGCGCCAUGGGCAGCAUCUGCGCCGAGGUGCUCGACGCCAAAUUAGCUGCUAGUAGCUAGCUCCCUUCAGCCUGCUGCGUGAGUUAACUGAUGAUGUAUCUGAUCCCUCUGCGCAAUGCCUGCAUUGGCAAAUCCUGAAUCAAUUCUUGGCGUGGUGCCGAUGUGAAGUAUGCUGACGAGAAAAUAUAUAUGUACAUGGCGUUGCGUCAGACAGUCUCCAGAAGGUUUGGGAGUUAGGACUUUGGGUUUGCUUAUUGCCGCCUGCUUGUUUCACUUCGUUUCUAUGUAUCCUGUACGUACAAUGCAUCUAUCUGCUCGAGCGGUCUGGCCGCUGACUUUGAUGAA